GUCACUCUAUUGACAAUUUUGUGUAUAAUACCAUAUUUGGGAUAGUAGCAGUUUAAAUCAUAAACACGAUAUAUUUGUUAGCCUUGAUUAAUUAACUGUGCCAAAACUGUGAAUACAUUGGAUUUUUAUACAUAAUUUUAUACAGAAAGAUGAAACAUGGCCGAGGCCCGGACGGAGGAGGAUGGCAGUCUGCCUGUACCAGACUUGCCGUCAUAUAUAUCUAAUACAUCUGUGGACGGAGCCAGUGGUGCCGACUUCAUAUCGCUAUCUCUUCAGCCUCAACGAAUAGACAUUGAAAUAAGACAAAUACAAGACAUUGUAGGAACAAACAAUGUGGUUUUACCGCAAAGUAAUAUUGAAAAUAUACAAGGUUUACACCAAUCAAGAAUGCAAAAUAUCCAUGGAACUAUCGAAAUGCAUGAAAUUCCAGAUCACACACAAUUUUAUCAGAAUAUGGAUAGCAGCGAAGACAAUUUCAGAAUACGCUUAAGAACAUUUCGAAAUUGGCGUGUACCCUUUCUCGAUCCGGAAGUUCUGGCUGAAGCCAAUUUUUGUUUCACAGGUGAAGGAGACACGGUACGAUGCACGGUAUGUGGAGGACAGUUGUCGAACUGGCAGCCUGGUGAUAAUCCAAGACAAGAACAUUUGAAAGAGUUUGGAUUUGCCUGUCGUUAAACCGACGAUUUCUUGCUUUUUCGUUUUAUAGAAACUUUAGGAAACCAAUUUAAUUUAUAGAUGUGAAAGCAUUAAGAAUUUUGUGCAAAAUACUUUGAAAAAUGGAAUCCUCUGAAAACUGGACUUUUGACUUUGUUCGGUUUUCAGAUUUUUUUGCUGUAGAAACAUUUUCCCUACUGACCUCCCAGUCCAGAUUACACGGCUUUGUCCACAUGCAAUGAAAGCAUAAAUAAAACAAAAUUAGAAUGUGCAGUAAUGAUAGUUACACACAAUAAAAUUUGA